CCACGGUAUAAAAGGAACGAUAUUUCUCGUACUAUUAUAUAAUCUGCAUAUUGCAAAGACGGUUUAAGUCGUAAUUUACUGAAGCAUUUACUAGAGAACGUUUAAAUAUUUAAAAUUGAUUAUCAGUAUCUAAUACUGUGUGUGAUUCAACCGAAGUGAAAAUGAUUUUUCUAGGAUCUAUUUUAGCUAUAUUGUGCACUGUUACAGUUGCACAAAGAAUGACCCUAAGUGAUGUUGAGUAUUAUUGCGGAAACAAACCCGCUGAUGUUCUCUUUAUUCUCGACGUUUCGAACAGCAUUUGGAGGCCAGAUUUUCAGAAGCAACUCGCCUUUGUUAAAGACGUUAUUGGAAUGUUUCAAAUUGCCGACAACAUCACUCGUGUUGGAAUAACGACGUUCAGUUCCCACGUGUACCGACAAUUUUAUCUGAAUGAUUAUUAUAACAAGGAGGAUAUGCAAGAUGCUGUGUCUAGAAUAACUCAACGUCAUGGUAUCUCAACUAACACCGGGCUCGCUAUCUGGCACAUGCGCAGAAGAAUGUUCACAAUAAGGCAUGGUGCAAGACCUGAUGUUGCCAAGAUUGCAAUCGUUUUGACGGACGGACAGUCACAACACGUUUCUCGUACAAUGUACGAGGCCGCCAAAGCAAAGAUGAAGAAAAUUACAAUGUUUGCUAUUGGUAUAGGAAGUCGAAUCAAUGAACGAGAAUUGCAGGCCAUCGCCAGUGCCCCAUCCUCUGAAUUUAUGUUCAAAGUUGAUAGUUACUCUGCCUUGGAGAAAAUCAAGAAAACCCUAGCUGUUCGAACAUGUAAAGUGACGACACCAUCGACAACAACAUCAACUACAACUACAACCACUACGACUACCACCACCACAACAACAACAACAACUCCGUCUACAACUACAACCUCAUUGUAUGACGUUGCACAAAGAGCUUGUGCUGGUAGACGUACGGAUAUCGUAUUUGCAAUCGAUUCCUCUGACAAUAUCAAUGACGCCGAUUACAUCAAACAAGCCGAGUUUUACAAUAAGUUGGCUGAAACACUUGACAUCUCCCCUGAAUCCACGAGAAUCGGUUCCUUCAUGUACAGUGAUCAGAUUCAAGAAAUGUUUAAUGUUGAUGAGUAUGAUACUCUCGCCGGUGUACAGAAAGGUUUGAGUAAACUCGGGAUGACUGCCGGUGGUAACCGUGUCGACCUUGCACUGAAGCAAAUGCUGACAAAAAGCUUCAGGAGGUCACUUACUCGUCCAGAAGCUUCUCAAGUUGGCAUCAUUAUAACUGGAAGCCCUUCAAGGUACUUGGAAAUAUCUAAACAUAUCGCAAAGAAAUCAUUAAAGGCUGGUGUUAAAUACAUUGCUAUUGGAGUGGGAGACCAAGUUGAUGACGAAGAACUGAGGAUCGUUGCAGCCUCCGACGAAAGCCGUAUCUACAAACUAGAUAGCUUUGAUGAACUUAAGGAUAUCGUUGCACGGGUGGCACUGCAGUCUUGUCAAGUUGCUAUUCCACCUCCAACUGUUCAAGACCAACGAUGUGGAAGUAAACAGGAAGCAGACAUAAUGUUUUUGCUGGACAGUUUGAAUGCUGGUAAACGGAAUACAAGGACAGCUCUUGGAUUUAUCAAGUCUCUAAUUAACGAACUGGAUAUUGAGAACGACAAUAUCCACAUAGGACUUAUGUCGGCAGAAUGCGAGGAAGACACUGUUGGAUUCGGUUUAGGGGCACAUUCCAGCAAGCAAGAGUUUGAGGAGACUUUUACAAACAUGAAAGCCACAGACUUUCAUAAAAUCCUACAUACAAUGAGACGUAGAUCUUUCAGAAGUACUAACGGAGCGAGAAAACAUGCCAAGAAAAUAGCGAUACUGAUAAUUGAUGGUAGUUUGGAAGAACCACUGAAAGCGUUGACUGAGGCCCAAAGAGCUAAAAUUCACGGCAUAGAAGUUUAUGUUGUCCAGGUCGGUGAUGACGAACCACAAGAAGAAUUACGAAUGAUGUGUGAUGAGUCAUCAAAUCAACAUUUCUUCAAUGUAAAAUCUUACAAAGACCUGGAAAAAUUGAAGGAUAGAUUACUACAGUCAUUAUGCGAUGAACUAUAAAACAACCCUUGAGACGUGGUAUGUGUGUAAAGCUUAUCUGUGAUUCCAAAUUCCAAACAUUUCGACGACUCAGGGUAGAUUCUACGGCCUGUUUAAGGAAGAGUUAUUAAUGUCACAGCCAGGCUGUGUAGACAAGGUGACGAUGUACAUAUAGUUGCAUUUAUAGGUACGAAGUAGACCAAACAACGGACCGUUGUGUAUAAAAAAAGCUGUAAAAAAGACAAAGAUAGAAAUGUUUACAGCAUAAAUGAGCAAGAAAAUGAACCAUUUGUGACGGAACUGAUCAUGCUUCUAAAAUAAAGGGGAAUAUUUGACAAAAUCGUUACAGAAAUGGUCGUUUCUGGAGGUCAUGUAAAUCUACCUUUGAAAGACCACACCUUGCAUUUAUGUUUGCGCUGUGAUAUAUGUGCUUAUUCUAAAGGGUAAAUGUGCAGCGUGUCUUCUUCUACGAAUUAAUUAUUUUGUGUAAAAACGUACAAAGAAUCAAGCUAUAAAUACAUUUUACACCACUCAGUUUUAUGAGUAACUUAAUUAAUUUCUACAUUCGAACUAUUUGACCAAAGAACACUAAUGAGUAUAUUUGUAGUAAACAAAAUGGGUAUGUGCAAUAAGUAGUCAUACAAUCAAAUAUUUGGCUUUGAAAAAAAAUGUGGAUGUCAAUGUUAAUGCAUUAUAAAUGAUGAUAUCAAUAUCAUCACUUUGCAAGCCUUUUAACAUUGAUCCAAGUAUGAUGUAACAGUAUCGCUGUAUUAUAGAAAUUGAUACGUACUUUUUAUUUAGAGACUUUAUUAAAGAUGUAAAUGAUAAAAUGCUUAAUGUCUUAUUAUUGAUGUGUUAAAAUUAUUAAGAAUACAUCGAUGGCAUUUGACAUUGAUUUUAUUCUCAAUUGUUAAAAAAAUAAGACAGUAGAAUCAUAGACGCAUGUUAUGUAAAUGACGAUGUUUUAUUUUUCUUUGCUUCUUGUCACAUGGUGACUUGCGCUAUUCUUUGCUGCUUUUCACCCUGGAAGACAGUGGUAAAGGUUAAAUGAUUUAUUGAGGGCUGCUGUCUUUAUCAACAUGAUUACUUUGAACUAUUAAUAAAAGAUUGAAUCCUGGUGAUUUUAAGCAUGUUUGAUACAUAUCAGACAUUAAGGUGGACGGAAAACUUAUGACAUAUAUGCCAUUUAUUUUUCAAAGACAUUUCAUAAUGCAGUCCUCUUUAAAUUAUUUGUUUUCUUACUACGAUGAUUCUUUUUAAAUAAUUGUUGUAAUUUUUGUUAAAUCGUUAGAAAUAUUGACGUCUUAUAAAUUCAGUUUAUUUACCUCCAUUGACAGCCUGACACAGGCUAUGCAUUUAUCAUUUGACUAUUCAAAUAUAUAAAUACCGUGUACAACAUUCAUAGAUACCUUAUAAAUGCACGUAGAGGGAUGACUGAAAACAGUAGGUCAACGUGUAUUUCUAUGCCUUUGAAAGUGUAAUUCAAAUUUUCUUAAAAAAUAUAGACCAUGAAAUAGUUUUCUAAAUGAUGAUGUUAAACUUCAGAGGUUUUUAAAAGAAUAAAUUACAUUUUAUCAUCUAUCCGAAUUUUUAAUGAUGACAAACAUGUGUAUGUUAAAUAGGCUGUUUCUUUGCUACACAAUAUCAUACCAUUUACAUACUAAGUAUAUGUACAUAGCUUUACUAACUUCUUGCAUAAAUUAUGAUCAUAUCAGAGGAAUGUCUCUUUUUAAUUGAGGAGGAAUUAAAAGUACCCUACUUUGACACAAGUUAACUUAGUUCAAAUCCAAUAUGCUGAAGUAAAUAAAUCCAUAAUACAGAUGACUAAAUGAUGAUAAUAUUAAUAUAGAAAUUUGAAAGCAAUAAUGAUGUAAGCAGACGGAUCAAGUAGUAGUAUGAAUGGUGUUUGACAGAACAAUUUUAAGAUUGUUUAAAUGAUGUUGUUUGUUUUAUUCUAUAGUACACGUAUUGAUUAUAAAGGUACAUUGAAUAUAUAUAAUAACUGUUUCAUCAAGUCUUGUUAAACUAUUGGAAGUUAUUUCCCGAUCAUUGUAAUUAUAUUUCAUAUACAUUUUCAUUACUGUUGAUAUGUCCAUAUCUGAUAAAUGUUAAAUCCUAACUGACAAUUUGUUUUUGUAUUAUUUAUUAUAUACUUUUAUUGACUUUUUGUACAUACAUAUGUUGAAUGUAAAAACAUUCUAUGAAUAAACGUGUCUAUUAAAAAACUA